AAUAUGGACCAAACCGUCAAUGUUAAAACACCAAAGGAAUAUGGCAAAUAUUCUGGACGUAGUCCAACUGAAGAUGGUAAAGUAAUAUUUUAUGCUCCGCCUGCAGGUGGUUUAAACUCAAAUCCUCAGCGCGCUAACAACAGCCACCACAAAACAGUUAUAAAAACUGAAAGCACCUCCACAAUACCAGCACAAGUCUAUCGUGAACGAAGUAUUGAAGAAACUGAAGCAGCACAUGAUCUACUAUCGUUGUCACAGAGUUUGCCACCCUUAACACCGCCCUGUGUUGUAACAAUAAUGCAUCAAGACUCGAAUGGCACCUCUACAUCUUCAUCGUCCUCCUCACCAUCCUCUCCGAAUUGUACGCUGAAUUCACAUAAAUCGCAAAUGCAAGAAAUAUCAAGUUCUUCCAGACAACUGCAACUGCAACAACAACCAAUACAUUGUGCCGGUAUUAUACAACCCGAUAAUUUAAACGUUUAUAUUGAUACAGACCAAAAUCACAAUCACAAUGGUACUUCGAAAAUUCGUUACAUUAGUUCAUAUGACUCGCAACUGCAGCAGCAUCAACUCAACCUCAGCAAUCAUCAUCACACUCAUCACCACCAUCACAAUCAUCAUAAUGGCGUGAGUAAUUCAAACAAUUGUUCACCCUUGACACCGCCCAAUUCCGAUCAUUCGUCGGAUAUUGAUAUUGAUAUGUCUUCCUCAUCGGAAUCCGGCCACUCAAAUUCACAUCCACACAUGCAAAUCUGGCAUACGGAGUUCUCAGAUGCUUCAGCUAAAAAUGAUUUAAAAAUCUCCCUUAACAUAGUGGAUGGUCGCACGAAGGCCUGCAAGAAAAAAGGUGAGCCGACUGGUAAAUCGGAAACGACUAAGAAACCAAAACGCGGCUGCUAUAAGUGUUCGGAAUGUGGAAAACAAUAUGCGACCUCCAGUAAUCUAUCACGUCACAAGCAAACACACAGAUCUCUCGACUCACAAUCGGCUAAGAAAUGUAAUACAUGCGGUAAGGCCUACGUCUCCAUGCCCGCUUUAGCCAUGCAUUUGUUGACGCACAAACUUUCGCACAGCUGCGACAUAUGCGGUAAACUGUUCUCAAGGCCUUGGCUCCUUCAAGGCCACUUGCGCUCUCAUACAGGCGAGAAACCCUAUGCUUGUGUUCAUUGUGGCAAAGCCUUUGCUGAUCGUUCCAAUUUACGAGCUCACAUGAUGACACACUCGGUGGACAAGAAUUUCGAAUGUAAACGGUGUCACAAAUCAUUUGCCUUAAAAUCGUAUCUCAACAAACACUUAGAAUCGGCCUGCAUCAAAGAGUCCGGCCAGCUGAUUGACGAAGAUGGCGAUGGCAUGGAGGAGGGUGAAACCUAUAACAGAAUUCAUGAUAGUUUAAGUGGCAGUGUAGAGUCUAUGGACUCGGGAGAUGAAAAUGAUGAAGAUAUUAUUGUAGCCUAA